AUGGCGAAAAGAGGAGCCUCUGCGCUGAGUGUUGCCUCCAAGGCGAUCGAUCCUACCCUCGAUGCACUUUUCUCCUCCAGUUCAGGUCCUGUGAAAGCUCCCGUCAAGUCCCGCUACACUGCGCCGCCGGAAGCGAAGGCGGCGCCUGCAGAGGGAUCCAGUGACUCGGACGACGAUGAGGAGGAGGGGGAUGAUGAAGUACUCUCCGAAAUCAGCGAGGAACUUGACGACGGAUACACAGACGAAGAAGGCACUGCUUCUGAGCCUCUCAGGGUAGAGGAAGACGAGAGCCAAGAGUGUGGUGAGGACGAGAAGCAGGCCGCUACAGCUGCCGAAGCCGUCAAGUCGACGCAACCGAGGCAAGAGCGGAAGCGCAAGAGGAAAGACGACAACGAUGGUCUCGAAGCCAAUUACCUGGCGGAACUGGCCAAAGAUGACGAUCCCUCGCCCGCCGGGAAACGCCCCAGGAGCGAAGGAAAGAGCGAUCGAAAAGGAGAGGAUGCCAGCGCUGAGGAUGAGGAUGAUGACGUGCCCAUGCACGAGACGGCGACGCAGGAACCCAACGUCUCCGAGAUGGAGAAGGCGUCACGAACCGUCUUUCUCGGCAACGUCUCCACGGACGCCAUCUCCUCCAAGUCGGCAAAGAAGACACUGAUGGAACAUUUGUCAUCUGUGCUCGACGCGAAGGCAACGCCGCCCCAGACUCUGGAAUCGAUCCGCUUCCGCUCAGUGGCCUUUUCCACCGGCUCCAUGCCUAAACGUGCUGCCUACAUCACCAAGUCUCUCAUGGCUGCCACGACCAAAUCCGCCAAUGCCUACGCCGUCUUCUCCACCACUGCUGCGGCCCGCAAGGUCGUUUCGGAGCUGAACGGAACCGAAGUCUUGGACCGGCAUCUCCGAGUCGACAGCGUUGCGCAUCCCAGUCCGAUAGAUCACCAACGGUGCGUUUUCGUGGGUAAUCUAGGAUUCGUCGAUGACGAGACAGCCGUCCAUACGAAUAGUGACGGCAAAACGGUCGAGAAGAAGCGCAACAAGGUUCCCUCGGAUGUUGAGGAGGGCCUGUGGCGGACAUUCAGCAAGCAGGGCAAGGUCGAGAAUGUGCGCGUCGUGCGGGAUCCUAAGACAAGAGUCGGCAAGGGGUUUGCUUACGUGCAGUUUCAAGACGGUAACGACGUUGAAUCUGCAGUCCUCCUUGACGGCAAAAAGUUCCCCCCGAUGCUACCCCGCGCUCUUCGCGUAACACGAGCCAAGGACCCCCGCAAGACAGCCCUCAACCGGGAACGCGCCGCCGCCAAGGCAGAAGCCGCCAGCAGUGACGGCCGCAAUACCAAGUACAAGCAUAAGGCAACCCCCGAAGAGAAAGCGGCCGCUGGACGAGCCAGCAAGCUUCUUGGCCGCGCUGGUGCCUUCCUGCAGCGCAAGAAGCCUCAUGCCAACGGCACGGCAGCCAACAUGAAGACGCCCGAACAGAUUGUCUUUGAGGGGCGGAGGGCGUCUUCAAGGGACGCCCUAUCCAAGGACCUCAAGGGCAAGAAGGGUAAGGGCAAGAAGGGCAAGGGGCGUCCCGUGACCCGGGCUACACGGAGGGCGCAAGACUGGAAGAAGAAGAGCGCCAAGUAA